UUUUUGACACAAAAGAUAGAAAAUGAAAAUAGAUUUCAAGAUUAUGCGCAGUGGUCGAAUAUUCCAAACCAAUAAGUUGUAGUUCUCGCAUUCGCAUCAGUUGACUAACAAUUCCAUUCUAUAUUGUGGAGUAAAUUUUCCUGCUCCUCCAACAUUCAAUCUCAGUCUGGGUAAAGAAGUUCUAUUGAAGCGAGCAAACACCAUCCGAGCACUCAGCACAUUCAUUGUCAUAGUCCCGAGUCGAAAUCACAGAGACACGGAGAGUGGAAUAGGAAUUCCAAAUCAGCUGCUUUGCCAUUGCCAAAUACAAAACAUCACGUAAUCGAAUUAGUUUUCUUCACUUUCAUUCACAUUCACACAAAAAUUCCAAAUCCUUUGACCUUUGUUGGACAAAAACCACUAUAAUCAUCCCGAAUUCGGGAAUCAAGUGUUCUUUCGAUCCUACACUCACAAACGUCACAUAAAUAUAGGUCGAAGGACAAGUAGAUAGGAUAUUCUAAUAUUAAUUAGAUAGAAAAAAGAAAAGGAAACCCCCACGCAUUGAAGAGGAGCUCUCCUGUCCCUGGGCAACGCAACAACUUAGCUCAACUCAUCUCACCUCAGCUCAUCACCAAAAUGGACUCUUCGUAUGUAUUUAAUGACUUGGAACCUAGCUACGCUGACCUUCCAAUGGAGAUCAUUGUGAGUAUAUUCCGAUAUUUGAACUACACGGACAUCCAAUCAUGUUCUCUGGUGUGUCGUCGUUGGCUGGAGGCCUCCAAGUACAGUGAAUUCCAAUCGAAUGUGAUGAUUAGGAUAACCAAACUCUGUGUGUCGGAUAAGCUGCCUCCAGGCAAGGUGUUCCUCAACAGUGAUCGACCCUUUCCCCACAUCUACAUGGAUGAAGCCACCUUUGGGACACUGGAUCACUUCUUCGCACACAUGGGCAAGACUGCUCAGUCAGUGACCUUCGAGUCCACCGACCUGACAGAGAAACAGUUCUGCGCUGUGCUUGCGGAUCUCUGUGGCAUCAACACUCUCUCCAUAGUCAGAUGCACGUCGUUGUUCAUGACUGGGCAGUUCUUGGAAUCACCCACGGAUCGCAAAACCAUCGCUGAUACCAUGUCUCGAGUUCGCUUCCUCUCCCUCAAAUUCAACCAAUACCUGUCCGAUGCGAUUCUCCUGAGGAUAACCCAGCUGAUAUCCAGUCUUGAGAUGCUCGAUAUGUCCGGCUGCCACAUAGCCUACCACUGCGCCAUACAGCGACGAUUCUAUCCCGAGGAGCUGGCCAAUCAUCCAAGUGAAUCGAUUUUGACAUUUAAAUUCAUACUGCAUGUGAUCCGGGCCCAUCAGAACUCAUUGAAGGAGCUCAACUUCAGCAACACACUGAUCGGAGGUGGUGCUAUGACAGCACUGUGUGAAAUUCCAUUUUUGAAUCUGGAAAAACUAUUGCUACACUCCUGCCGCCAAUUGAAUACCUCAGGUAUUCGUGGUUUCAUUGCAGCACAAACAAAUCUUCGUACUUUGGAUUUGUCCGAUACACUUUGUGUCACGGACGAGUGUCUCGAGACGAUUGUCAAUAAUUUGCAACAAAUUGAAGUACUUAAUAUCAAAGGUUGUACAAAAGUCACAAAGAAAGGAGCCUUGCUGUUGGCCAAGCUGUGCGGGAGUCUGAAGUCAUUGAAUAUAUCUCAUUGUGAUGGGAUAUCGGGAGAUGCUAUUGGUGAGGGCAUAGCCAGCCAGCCAAAUCCGAUGUUGGAAAAAUUAUACAUGUCACAUUUGAACAUCUGUGAGGAUUGUGUUACGAAGUGUGGUGUGAAUCUGUAUAAUUUGAGGGUGCUGGAUAUUAGUAAUUGCAUUAAUGGAGUCACUGAUCAAUCCGUCCAGGUGCUGCUGAAGAAUCUGGUGCUGCUGAGGGAGCUGAACAUGGAGGAGUGCUUUCGGAUAACAGAUGCUGCCCUAACCGGAAUCAGUGUCGAAGAAACCCAACCCUCCGAACGUCCACGUUCCCUCUCAAUGGAAUUCUUCCAUCAUUUACCCCAGGAUAACGUUUCCGAAGGUGGUUCUUUGAAAAUCUCCCUACGCAGCAAAGCCGAAGAGGAAAUUGUUCGUGAUGCCGAACGUAAAAAAGCAAUGUUAGCCGUUUAUGAGCUAAAUUUAGACGAAUCAAAAAUCAAUGGUGUACCAAUAAAAAAUCUCAGAGGCUUACGCAAAUUAAAUUUACGAGGAUGUAAUAAAAUAUCCGAUGUCUCCCUAAAAUACGGAUUCAUAUUUUUAGAAUUACGCAAUCUACUACUAUCGAACUGCCAACAAAUUUCUGUAGUCGGUAUGGAGGCUUUGGUACAAAAUUGUCCAUCCAUUGAAGAGCUAGAUCUCUCCGACUGUUAUAAUAUCAACGAUAAGACUAUUGAAGUUGUUACAAAAAACCUUAAAAGACUUCGAUCUUUACACAUUAGCGGAUGCACUCAAUUAACCGAUCAUAGUUUGGAUUCGAUUGUUGUUAAUUGUAAAGUUUUACAUACUUUAUCAGUAUUUAGAUGUCGACGAAUGUAUUCGGACAUCGAGGAACGUCUUAUCAAUAUGUCCUCGGUGCGAAUUUUAAAUAUGGAUCAUUCAGCAACAAUGGACAAUGGAGAUAUAUUUCGGUUGAAAAAGCGAUUAGAUUACUGAUAUUUCGCCGCAAUUUUCGUUGUAUUUAUUUUAUAUUAUUUUCAAUUGUAUAAUUUUCGUUAAAUAUUCUAAGAAUCAUCAUCAUCAGAGCUAAAGCUGUUUUAAAAUUUAGAAAAUACAUAAUAUUUACUUUCUAUUAAUCAAAAUUAUCAUUUUUAUCUUAUAUCUCUCUCUCAGUAUCUCUCGAAGGGAGAAAGGGAGAGAGGAAUUUAUAUAUAUUGUUAAUAUGUAUUUAAACAAAACAAUUAUCAUAAAACAUUUUAUGUAUAUUUAAUUUUUACAAACAAACAAAAACUUCACCCGUUAUUUACACACAAAAAGAUACACAUUUCUAUUUUCAAAAAUAAGAAACAAAAAAUCUAAAACUUUAGCAACGAAUGUAAUUUGAAACAAAAACAAAAAAAAAAGAAU